UCCAAUUAGUAGUUGGUUUACUUGGUUGCGAACUUGGGAAUUUAGAAUUUUGCAGACACGCUGUCUUGCAUAUUGACACUUUAACAGUUACAAUUGCUAAUUGUUUGGGGCAAAUAUGGGCAAGAAUAAUAAGUAUAAGUUGAUUGAAGAGAAGAAACGUCGAGCAAAUGAUCUUCAACAACUAGAAAAAAGGCUAGAAGAGUGGACUGAUGUUGAUCCUGAAUCUCUGAAAAACUUCAGCCAAGUUCCUCUGAGCACUCCGACCUUCAAGGGACUGAAGUCCUGUGGCUAUGUGGAACCAACCCUUGUGCAGAAAAUUACUCUACCGCACAGCCUCAAAGGACGAGAUGUCAUUGGUGAAGCAAAGACCGGUUCUGGAAAAACUUUGGCUUUUGUUAUACCAGUAAUGGAGUUGCUGCACCGAGAGUGUUGGACAGCAAGGAAUGGCAUGGGAGCCCUCAUCAUCACACCAACACGAGAGUUGGCUUUACAGAUCCAUGAAGUAAUCAAACCUCUUGCUCUACAACAUCAAUUGAGCUCUGCUUUAGUGGUUGGUGGCAAGGACCUGGCUUUGGAAUGGCACCACAUUGGCUCCAUGAACAUUGUAGUCUGUACACCUGGGCGUCUCUUCCAUCUUAUGACUGAAUGCCCUAAUUUUGACUGGGACUCACUGAAAAUACUUGUGCUGGAUGAGGCCGACUUGUGCUUAUCCAUGGGCUUCUCUGACAAAAUGAAUACUAUUUUGCUGCAGCUGCCAAAACCUCGCCAAACGCUGCUUUUCUCUGCCACACAAACAAGAGAUGUAUUGUCACUAGCAAGAGCAGGCUGCACUGAUCCUGUCACCUGUUCUCUGCAUGAGAAUUCUACCACAUCUACUCCCUUGACACUCACGCAGUGCUACACCAUUUGUGAAGCUCAUGACAAAUUUAGCUUUCUGUACUCUUUUCUUACAAACUUUAAAAAACAGAAAAUACUGGUAUUUUUAUCAACGUGCAAACAGGCGAAAUUCUAUGGCAUUGCUAUGGCGAUGUUGAAGUUGCCGAUGAAGAUCUUGUUUUUGCAUGGAGAUAUGAAACAGAGAAGACGAUCUGUCAUCUACGACACCUUCAAGGCUGAGAGCAAGAUAGUCAUGUUGGCUACUGACGUGGCCUCUCGAGGCCUGGAUUUCACUGGAGUGGACUGGGUGGUGCAGCUCGACUGUCCCGAGGACGUGACGACGUACAUUCACCGCGUGGGCCGCACAGCUCGCUACUACAGGGACGGUAACGCCUUGCUCGUCCUCACCGCCAGCGAGAGCGCCAGCAUGCUUAAGCAUCUCGCCAAGAGUAAAGUGCCCCUCGAGAAAAUGGAUGUGGCACCAGGACAAAUCAAGCCCCAGGAACGGCGCAUCGAAGACAUCGUAUGCAAAGAACCGUUGGCCAAGGAGGCGGCCGAGAGAGCGUUCAAGGCGUACCUUAAAAAUCUCGUCUAUAUGAAGGACAAGUCUGUCUUUGAUGUCACAUCGAUCGAUCGUGACAAACUGGCCAGGUCUUAUGGCCUGAUCAGCACGCCACGCGUCCGGUUCGUGGAAAGAUUUGUGCACAAAACUCAACACAAAAUCGCUACUGAACAACACGCAGACGUCAACGAGACGAACUCUGGUGACAGCAACGCGGGGCCUGAGCAUAUUGAUCGCGACAGCCGGGAGGUGUUGAAGAACAGCGCCAUUAAACCUAUCAAAGUUGUGGACGAAGGUGUCACUUUCGUGGAUCGGAUGGACGAGUUAUUUUUAUCCGUGCCGGAAUCGAACGACAGUCGAACUACUGCUCCUAAAAAUUUAUCCAAGUACUUGACAAAUCGAGAUAAGAAAAUUGUUGACAAUGUCACGAUUCUACAAACCCACUGCAGGAGUGAAAAGCAAAGAUUUUUCACUUUGGACGAGAUGUUAGCCUUCAGAAAGGACGAUGAGUACAACAAGUUCACCCACAGGGAUAAGACUAAGACCCGCAAGAGAGAGCUCCUGAAGAAACGGGAAGAGAGAAAGAAUCGCGGUAAAGCCCAGAAGUCCAUCGAUGUUGCCGAUGAUGAAGAUGAGGAAGACCGAAGUGAUGAUGGUGAUGAAUUGGAUCCGCUGACUCAACAAAUUAUUGAUGAGCUUCCUGAUCCUGAUAAAAUCCGGAGACGAGACUCUGACAGUGAGCCAAGUGAUGAUGAAGUGGAGGAACGACCGUGCAAGCGACUCAAGGCUGACGACUCGGAGUCUGACUCAGAUAAGGGAAGUUCAUGUAGUGGAAGUUUUGAAGAAACUGAUGAAGAAGAGCAUCCGUCUAAUCUAAGAAAAAUGUCAUUGAACCAGCAAGAGCAGAUGGCGCUACGAUUACUUGCUGGGAAAUAAAAGUUAUUGAAACGGAA